CGCCACGCUUCCCAUUUAUUUCCAUCCUUUGUUUCUUUCCCUUCAGAUCCCUCUCUAUUCUCUUUCCUUUCUCUUCUCUUUCCCCAGUAUCUCUAUUUCUUUCUCAUCUGCUAUCGAUACCGAGGAAACGACGACGCCGUCUAAUCUUCUCUCGUUCAGAUAAGAAAGGAAGAGCAGGAUGGCUUCAAGAACCGCCUCGAAGGACAUCAUCACUCUCCGGGGCUCCGCAGCCAUCGUCAGCGAGUUCUUUGGUUAUGCAGCAAAUAGCAUUCUUUACAAUCGAGGUGUCUACCCAGAGGAAAGUUUCACCAAGGUGAAGAAAUAUGGCCUGUCGAUGCUAUUGACUCAGGAUGAAAGUGUGAAAUCGUUUAUUGGUAGCCUAACUUCCCAAUUAUCAGAAUGGUUGGAAGCUGGGAAACUACAGAGGAUUGUACUUGUAAUCAUGAGUAUGGCCACCUCGGAGGUUCUUGAGAGAUGGAAUUUCAACAUAGAGACUGAUGCCGAGGUUGUUGAAAAGGGGGUGAGCAGGGAAAAGAGUGACAAAGAAAUAAUGAGGGAGAUUCAAGCGAUCAUGCGUCAGAUUGCCUCCUGCAUUACUUAUUUGCCGUGUCUCGAUGAACCCUGUGUAUUUGAUGUGUUAGCCUACACCGAUAAAGAUGUCGCCAUCCCGUUCGCUUGGAUUGAGAGUGAUGCCAAGCUGAUCCAGAAUCCCCAAAUGGUGAAGUUGCAUUCUUUUGAUACCAAGAUACAUAAAGUGGAUACAUUGGUUUCGUACAAGAACGAUGACUGGGACGAGAAGUAGAAGCUUUGUUUUAGAUGUUGCUGUGUGAAUCGUUCAUUCACAUUGAGGCAUAGGAUUGUUGCAUACGUUUUCCGUUGUUGAAGGCGUAGCAUUUUGUGCUGAAAUGUGAAGAUGGUGUCUUGUUAAAUUUAAACUUAAAUGUCAUGGACUGAAAUUACAUAGCUAGGUUAAUGAUUGAAAAAAAAACUUCAUUACUCAGA